AGUAUCACCACGAUCAGCAGCCCAGAGAUCAGUCAGUCAGAUAAGUUGUGUCGUUUCGUCAAGGUGGAACUUGAUCUCUGGUCCUGUGGUUUUUUACCAGUCUCAUUCUACUAUUGAACUUCCGUGACGGGGUCCGAGAUAAUGCGUGUCUGAGGUGCCAUCAAUAAAUCUAAUUUAACCGCCACAAUUAUGUUUAUAAUUUUAUUUGUUGUAAACUAUAAUUGAAGAAAGAAAAAAAAAUAAAUUUUUUUUCUAAACAUUAAAUCCAGCGGUGUGUGAAGUUAUUGUCAUUUUUUUUUUUGCAACUUAGUUUGUUUAGAAAAAAUAGUGAUGUUGAUCGCACUUUAAGUUGUCGGCGCAACAACGGUCACAUAAUUUUCAGUGUGAAUUUGAAUUUAAGUGAAAGAUCACUUUGAAUCGUUACCGCGUGUCGUCGUUGUCAUCGUCGUCUUUGGUCGGUGUCGUGUCUUGUCGCCAGCAGAGGGAGGAAGUGUUAAUUAUUAUUAUUAAUCGUGAUUUGAGAUGUUUGGUCAUUGUUUUGCUGGUGUUUCACUCGGUUCUCUCAUUUUAACUUCACAUUGAUUGUGUUGUAGAUACUUCAAAAUAAAUUUAAUAAUAUAGAUUUAUUUGAAUAACAAGAAAAAAAUAAACAACAAAUAUUGUGCAUUUUGUGGAUUUCGUCCGAGGAUAUAAUUCAGUUUUGGAAUUUUAUCAGCUUCCUGUCAUUUGAGUCGUUAUUUUGAUCCAACAUAAAGAGAGCUAAAGGACUAAACAACGCACUUCCACCAGUACGAUUUAAAAUGAAGCGUCGUCAUGUAGCCUGGACGCUUUGCAACUUUCUAGUUUUAGUCAACUUAUUAUUCGUGUCCUCAGUACCUGCCGCAAAUACAAAUUCCAUAGCAAGUGUCAAUCCGAAUGUGAAUGUGAACAGCAUUCCCGGCCCCAAUACCAACAACAACAGCAACAAUAACAACAACAGCAACAACAAUAGCAACAACUUGAAUCCCAGCACCAACAUAAGUAGCAGCAACAAUACGACCAACACUGCCACCAGCCCAUUAGUCAAGGAGAAGACCUAUGAAAAGUGCACGGGUCCCGGUGAUCCGGGUCCGUGUAAACACUACCUCUACAAAUGGCGCUUUGAGCCCACAACCAACGAGUGCACCACUUUUAUUUGGGGCGGGUGCGAGGGCAACAGUCAGAAUCGUUUUAAUACAGAAGCUGAGUGCUUGUACCGUUGCAUUGGGGCACCAUAUACGUUGCCGCCAUACUUGCUGCAGACCACGACAAAGGAGCCAUCAACAACGGAGCUGGCUGUUGCCGGCGGCAAAUCGAACACUCCGCCGCCGAGGCAUUACGAUGAUCCCUCGCAUGUGCCAGUGCCGUUCGAACUACGUGGCCCCGAGUUGACUUUUGCCGAAACGGGACACGAGAAGACGUUCUUUUUCGCCAAGAACAACACGUUCAUCCAGAUGGACGGCGACAUCAUCCAGACUUUUCAAUUAAGAUUGUGUCGUGAAAUUUCCUUCCAAUUUCGUACCCGUCUGCCGCACGGUCUUUUAGUCUAUCACAAUGUGAAAAAUCCUGAUGGAAUUGAUUUGGAUCCUUACGCUUUGUAUGUUAUCGUUGAAAAAGGACAACUUAAAGUGGUGCAUGUCUUUGGAAAGCAUGCGACAAGUGUCACUGUCGGUGAGGGGCUGAAUCGCAAUGAAUGGCAUAGCGUAAUGGUCCGUAUCGAUGUGCAUGGUGCAAGAUUAAUAGCUCGCAUUGACAAUAGCCAAGAGGAAGUCUAUCUGAAAGGACUGAAUCACGACACCAACUAUGGCGUCUCAACGAAUCUGCCCUCGGUUGUUCUUGUUGGCGGAUUAUCCUCGGAAGAGAAGCUGCAUGGUGUCAAGUAUAUUAUCGAAUCAUUUGUUGGUUGCAUUCGAAAUGUUGUCCUAAGCUCAGGAAAAGCUGCCUCCGAUCUCCUACCAAUCACCCCGUUGGUAGCCACAAAGCAUGAAAACGUGAACGAAGGAUGCUCCAAUAAAUGCCAUUCGAGACAGAAUUUGUGCUUCGUGGGAUCCAGAUGUAUUAAUCACUUCUAUGGAAUUUCGUGCGACUGUUUCGGUACUCACUAUGAGGGUGAACACUGUGAUAUCUAUACUGCAACAAUAAUGACUCUACGUGGUGCAAGUUAUGUAUCAUACCGCAUCUACGACUGGAAGGAUCGAGUCCAUUCGUCCACAACCCGAAUCAGUAUGAUGUUUCGGACGCGCCAUGAUGACUCGGCUUUAUUCUAUGCUAGCGGUGAAGCCCUCAAGCAUCAGUACAUUGCUGCAUCCCUUAAAAACAAAUCGAUACAUGUCGAAAUGGAUUUUGGUGAUAAUUUGAUGUCAGUUGUAUUGCGGGAUGAACUGACACGCAGCUAUUGGCACAAUUUGACAAUUUACCACGACCAGCGAACUGUGAAGAUAAUCUUGGACCAGCAAAUAAAAACAGUGGAAAUACCAGCUAGUGCGAGUGCGAAUUUGUUGUUCGACCCGGAAAUAUAUUUUGGCGGUGGACCGGAUUUGCACAAGAAGAAAGGUCUAGCAUCGCAUAAUAAUUUUGUUGGCAUUUUGAAAUAUGUCUACUAUAAUGAUGUGUCUAUAUUGUAUGAGCUGAAGAAGGGAAAUCCCAAAGUUCAUUAUCAUGGUAUCCUCGAAGCUGAAUUCCAGGAGAAUGAAGUGCAUGUCAUCCCAAUAACGUAUCCUUUUGCGACAUCUCACAUUUGGUGGCCUAUAAAUCAAGCCGAAGAAUUUAAUAUUAAAUUCGAUUUCCGAAGCAGCAGGACGGCUGCUGUCCUCGCAUAUAGCGAUGUAACAACUUCAGCCGGAAAUGGAUUUUGGGAGAUACGGCUAACCGCGGAUAAAUUGAGUUUUGAUUUAGUGCCAGAUGCCAAUAGUGAUACCACCCAGUCAACGGUAAUUAAAAUCAAUCGACCCACCUCAUGGCACUCCGUCGAGCUCGACUAUCGAGCUGGCGAGAUUAAAUUCACGGUGGACUACAGACACACCCUCAGACAGAUGUACGGAAUGACGUUUAUUAUCGGCGACAAGGUAAUAAUUGGCAGCAGUCUGAAGUCGGCCGCAUCCGGCCUGGUUGGCUGCAUACGGGACAUCGAAAUCAACGGCCAUCUGAUUGAGCCACGUGACGUGAUAAAGACGGAACGAGUUGUAGGCGAAGUGGCUGUCGAUAACUGCAAUUACAUUGAUCCUUGCAAAAGGCCAAAUACGUGCGAGCACGGGGGCAAAUGUUUCGUGCGGGACAACCAGGUGACGUGCGAUUGCAAGGAUACCGGGUACAUUGGUAAGAAUUGUCACUUUACGAAAUACCGGAAGACGUGUGAGGAGUUGGCGUUGCUAAGCUACACCAAGUCAGACGUUUAUCUCAUCGAUAUCGAUGGCAAUGGUGUCUUUCCACCGGCACAUGUCAAGUGUGAUUUUCAGAGUCUGGAGAAUGCAACUAAGACAAUUGUCGAACAUAAUCUACCGAGCCAGAUUGAUGUUAGGUCGGCGAAUGAUAUUGAUUUUAGUUACAACAUUCGAUAUAGGGAAUUUUCACCGGAAAUGUUGCAGGAGCUUAUAUCGCAUUCGUUGUAUUGUACGCAGUAUAUUAAAUAUGAUUGCUUUAGGGCACCGUUGGAGUUGCAUUCAGCUACGUGGUUUACGUCUUCGAGGAAUAAUAGCACAGUCGAUUUUCUGGGGAAUGUCAAAAGAGGAGCAUGUCCUUGUUCUGACAACAAAACAUGUGUGGACCCAAAUCAAUCAUGCAAUUGUGAUGUGAAAGAAAACAAAUGGCAUUCAGACGAAGGAUACUACAACGAACCGCACAGUUUAGGAAUAACAAAUAUGUUCUUCCGACAGCAAAAGGAUUUAGAUGAAGAAGCACAAGGACGAAUAACAUUGGGUCCAUUAGAAUGUGUUGAAACAAAUACCCAAAAGUAUGUGGUCACUUUUACUACAUCACAAUCGUACAUCGAAGUGCCUGGCUGGAGAAAGGGUGACAUAGCCUUCUCAUUCCGGACCACAGGUGAGAAGGCAAUCCUUCUCUUCCAACCACCAAUACGUCCAUCUUAUCCGUCAUUUGUGGUUGCCCUGACCGGUGACUACCAGCUUACAUUUAACUUCACUCUGAGUACGGGUGAAUCGCGAACAUUGGUCAUAGACUCGGUGAGGAAAUUCAAUGGCGGCGAAUGGCACAAAAUAUGGAUUGACUAUAAUGAGUAUCAUGUACGGUUCAUGAUUAAUACUGAUUACAAGAUGGUCGAUUUGUUGCCGGAGCAGGAGUUUGGUCCGUUCGAGGGCAGUAUGUUCAUUGGAGGAGCCACUGGAGAUCUGCUAAAGAAAUUGAUAGUGAAGCAAGGACUCAUAGGAUGCUUCCGCGGUUUGGUAGUUAACGGUGAGAUACUUGACAUCUACAGCUAUAUGUCAGUGCAUCUGUCAGAGAUAAUAAAAGACUGUAAGCCAUCAUGCGUUCCUUCACCAUGCAAGAACGGUGCCGAAUGCAAGGAACUCUGGAGUACCUUCCAGUGUGUCUGUAGUAAUCCAUGGGCUCACCUGGGUGAAUUCUGUGAAACAAACAUCAACGAAAAGGCAUUGACAUUCAUCACCCGCGAAUCGUUCCUCAAACGCAACUUUCUCAGUACGAACGCCUCAGUGGAAGACAAACGAGUUAUUCUCAAGAAUAUCCUUAGCCAGGAUAUUCUCAUUAAUUUACGUACUUACGACAAACACUCGCUCGUUCUAUAUGCCAACGAUCAUUUCAACAACUUUGUGCACCUGUUUAUCAGCCAAGGCAAGGAGAUUGUAUUUCUCUAUAAUUAUGGUGACGAAAUAGUCAACCUGACUGUCGUCGAUGAAAGAGUCAGCAGUCUGAAGAGCAUCCAAGUGGCAAUAAUUAGAAGUCCACAGAGCACUGUGAUGCAUGUUAACGAGCGUAGUGUGACGGUAGAGAAGGGAACAUUGCUCCUUGAUGAAUAUGCCAAUAAGCCAUGGAUUAAUCCGGAAAAAGAAGUCCUAUCACCACAUCGUCCACCAGCUCCCCCAACGGAGUACUUUCAGUUCAACAUCGGUGGUUAUGAUCCAGCAAAUUUGCUUAGAACAAACACAGAGUUCCCAGAGCUGCAAGGAUACAUUGGAUGUGUGAGAGGAUUGAAAAUUGGAAAGAAUCUAAUCGACUUGGCCGAAAUAAACGAAGGGAAUAUUGCUCAUGCUCUUGAAGGUGUCCUCCCAAGCUGUCAACUCAAAUGCGAUGCUGAACCCUGCAAAAAUGGUGGUUUUUGUAAAGAAAAUUUUGCUAAACAAGAAUCCACCUGCGACUGUGAACACACCAGUUUCUCGGGAGAAUUCUGCAUGGAGGAAAAGGGUGCCGAUUUCAGUGGUGAAUCCACAUUGCAACGCAAAUUUGAAUUAACUGGCAAAGUCAACUAUGUCAAAUUGCAGUUGGCCUUCUCUAGUGCUGACUUAAAACGUGCCAACCGUGUGAUGUUGCUACUUCAAACGAACAACGAACGUAGCUACUACCUAAUGGUAGCCAUUGAUACCGAAGGAUAUUUGCUUUUUGAGGAGGACCGCGAAGAUGGUUCAGCUGUGGGAGCGCACAUCGAACGGACAUUCCUUAAAGGUGCCCGCCAUUCAAUCUAUUACCAACGAAACGGCACCGAGGCAUCACUUCUAAUUGAUCGCGAACAGGUGCCACUGGCACCAAUUACCAUUCGACCCUUGAUGCAAAACGUCAUCGACUCGGGCGCUAAUCGGGUGCAAAUUGGCGGAAUCAAUACCACGGAUUCCAGAUUCGCUGUCUUCAAAAGCUACAGUGGCUGUUUGUCAAAUAUUUAUAUCCAGGUUAACAACUAUAUUAUGAAACCCCUUGAAGAGUACAUGCUUUUCACAAAAUCUGGAGCCGAUAAUAUCACAGUUAUAAAUUUCCAAGGUGUACGCAGUGCUCAAUGUGCUGCCCAGUUCGAAGACAUUCCAGAACCAAGACCACAAGAGCCUAUUCUAAACUUUACAACAGGCUCUGAUCAAAAUUGGGCCGAAGAACCACCAGUUCGAGUACCAUACAUUGCCAAACACAUUGAUGUCUCACACAAAGAAGAACAAACUCAAGUUGUUUUCAUAACUUUAAUAGCUCUUUUCAUUAUAAUUGUCAUUUGUUGCCUAUUGGAAGUCUAUCGCAGUCAUCUUGAAUAUAAGAAACGCAUUGAACGAGAAACUGAUGAGGAUAUUAUUUGGUCGAAAGAACAAGCAACCAAAAUGCAACAAUCCCCUGGCAAUCAAACAAAAACUUUUAAUUAUAAGCCGCUUCCGCAAACAGAACGAAAGGGUUCUACCGGUGCUCCAUUGGUUGGAAUUUUGAAAAACGGAACUACCGGAGGGCAGCCAAAGUCAACAGAAAAUACCAACGGAACAGUGCCUCGUGAACAGGAAGCAACAACUCCUGCUAUUGUUAGCAAACCUGAUAAUAUUAUUGAAGAAGUUGAUGAAGAAGUUGAACAGGAAGACAAAAAUCCAGGAACUAUAAAUGAGAUCAAGCCAACUGAAACAACCAAGGAAUCUGAAAUAGAAAAUAAUAAACCCGUUGGCGAAGGGAAAAAGGAUGAAAAGCCUAGAGGUCCACUGAUACCAGGGGUAAGGGAUAGUCAGCUAAUGGAUGCUGAACUUAAGUGGGAUCCACUGCCUGAGAAUUCAAACGAAGAACCACUUUUAGAUGGUAGUUUGGCGAAUUCCUUAGCUGAUGACUCAGACUCUGAUGAGAGUGAAGCACCAGCGUCGAAAGCAUCACAGAAUCCGCAAAAGGUUCAAGUAAAAUUUGACAAUCAACCAGCUCGCCAGAGAAGCCGCCAAGUAUCAUGGGGACCACCACCAGUUGCUCAAGAUAAUGUCAAUCAAUUGCCAUUUAAAAUUGAAGAAAAUGCCGAUGAUGAUGACAACGAAGAUGAUCAAAAAUCAAAUGAUACUGAAACUGGUACAACAAAUACUGUGCCAAAUGAAAGGCGUUCACAGAAUGCCAAAAAAACCACAACAAAUGGUCAUUGCAGUCCGACAUUAGUAAAAAGAACCUCAUAGCAUUUUGUAAAUUUUAUAAAAAAAAUGAAAACUUCGUUUUUUUUCUUAAAACGUGUGUGUAUAUACUUUUGUGAUAUAAAUAAAUGUAUUUUGCUUUAAAAUUUAUUUUUGAAUAAUAAAAUUAAAAGAAAAGUUUCAUAUGAGAAGAAAUGAAGUACCUAAUUCAUUUGAACAAGGAGGAAUUUUACGUCUGUACAAAAUUUAUCAUGUGAGCAUCUUCACACUUUAUAUCUUUAAAACUGAAACGACAACGUGCUGACAUUCAUGUCCUAUAAAUUAAGAAAAAGAAAAAAAAAACAUUCAAACUUAUGCUUCCUUCAUUAAUUAAAUAAAAUCAACGAAAAGGCAAAAACAUUUUAAAUUAAAUUCGAAACGUGCACAUUUUUAAAGAGCAACACAAUUUUAGAAUGACAUUUUUGAUGAUUCGUGCUGCUGUAUGUUGCCUGUCAAACCUUUAGCCCAUCAACCACCAGCACCACCCAGCAAGUCUGAGAGAAAACUAAAUUAAAUGCAACAAAUUAAAAUCCAUGUCAAGUGUUCACACGUGAACUAGUAAACGCUUGUGCUUAUAUGGGUCCUUUUUCAGCUCCUUCGGCAUCUCAACGCAGAAACUAAACAUUCUGCUUCCUGGUAUAGCCUACAUUUUAACAACAACUUAACCUCCAUAAGCAUACGUAUGGCCUCUGUUUUUCUCUAAAUGCAUGUCAGGUUAACAAGUAUACUGAGAGAAAAGGAAAGGACGAAGAUGCAAAAAAAAAAAAACAAAA